GAGAACAAGAUGGGAGGCAAAAGUUUGGAAGUUGACAGGCUGGCAAGCCAGGCUCAAUCAGUCCCUGGUCUAGAUCCUGGCAGAUCGAUAUUCAGGACAAAAAGCCCUUCAACAGCUUCCUGGGAUGAAUCUGCUUCUCCUGCACGAGGUUCUUCCCCACCAAUCGUCACAGUGCCUGUUAAAGUCGCUGAGCGCUUCAAAAGCUCGGAACCACCACUGAAGACGACAUUUAAAUUAAACAGAUCUAAGCCUUCACAAGUCCAGGUGACAGAGGCAGCUAGCUCUGGGCAUGGAAACAACGGAAACAAUGGCAAACGCAUUCUGAAUGGUCUGAACAAUGGUAAUGUUGAUCAUUUGGACACCAGUACCAGCCAGAUGGACCUUACAGAUGAACAGAGGACAGCACAGAAAACGGAAGGAAAUGUGGUUCCUCUUGUUACUAAAAAUGUUGUGUCCAUACAGGAUGAUGAGGCAAAGAUACUAACCCAAAAUUUACCCAAAACUAAAGAGGAAACCAAAUUUAGACCAGAAGCAGUCAAAACAGUUCAAGGGCCAAGAACAGUUCCACUGACAAAGACAGUGCCAGCAUUCUCCUUUAAACAUGACAUUAUCAAAACAGAAAAUAAAGCGGAUAUUCCACGAGCACGGACACAUUUUAUGGUCAGUGACAAAAGAAAAGGGCUUUGCUCACAAACCAGCAAGGAACAAGUAGAAAAAGUAGAGAAAGGGAAAUCACAUGAAGAGAAGAAGAAAAGUGAGCUAAUGAAAACAAAUCAGGAGUGUACAGAGGGUACAACCACCCAGGUGUUAAAGGAUACAGAUUAUUUCACAUGUUUAAAGAAGACUUCAUCAGCUCCUAUUGGCUUACCUCAGACUACUUCCAAAGUUACUUCCAGACAUUCUUCUCUCCUUUCAGUUGGGGGAUUUGUGGCACCUCCCAAGUCAGCUCCCCUGACUUCCCAUACUGGUGUCACAUCUGCCACCUCUUUGGCGACUCCUUGUAGCCCACCUGCCUUUAAAUCCUCAGGCUUGCCUCCACUGCAUUCUGCUCUUACAGCAAAUCCCUCUCACCAAGCUGCAGAAAGUCAAGAAGAGUUCCAGUGGUCCCAAUCAACAUGUCUGACCUACGUAUGUAUGAGACCCUGGUGUUAGAAAUGCAUGGUCCAGUCAGUAGAAGUAGAGACUGAUGAUGCGCUUAAUGUCUUUAUGAUUUACAUUCGCAGAUCAGAAGUGAUGCAUUUGUGACCUUGUUUCUUCUGAAUUAACUCCUCAUCUGAUGUGUUUUUGUUUGAGACUAGUUUUGAAUGUGCAUAAUUAAAGGUUAAAGGAAGGAUUUAUAGCUUCAAUGUUUGACGAGAGCUGUGUUCACAAAGCCUUCUAUUUAAUAUUAAUCUUAUU